AUGGGUGUGUAUGGAUGCGCAUAUAGUCUUGAUCAUAGCGAUAAGUCAUUAUACCCCAUGCUUAACUUCUCAGGGUCAACGAAGAGAAGAGUGGUGAACUUAGGAGAUCGGAGAAAUCCAAGAGGAAAAAACUUUCUUGAACAGGCAAAACUUGAUCGCCUUCAAAGGGAGGAAGCACGGCAAAAGGAAAAAGCGGCUCAAGUGCUUGCCACUUUUAUCAGGCGAAGAUUAGAAUUGCUAGCCUAUUCUAAUGAAUUUCUUCAAGAAUGGGAAGUCAGUGUGAAUGGCGACUACUCGAAAUAUACUCUAGCUUGCCGGUUCCAUUUUAUCGCCAAAUUUGGUCAACGCGAUGAUACACUUCCAUUAAUGUCUUCACUACGCCAUAUCUUUACCACCCGAAGUCUAGAUUCAGAGUCAUAUUCAAUAUACUUUCAAGCGCUUGUCAAGUCCUUGAUGAAAGUGAGUGAUCCCAUCCCUGUCAUAGAUUGUUUAAGUUUAUUGUGCCAAAAAUUUGGACCCCCUCUGUCUCGGUAUACGAAGACAGGCGACUUAAUCAGUCUUCUUUACCAGGUGUUCAUUCAAACAGAAGAUCAAAAGAUUGUGGGCCUUGUUUUCGAUUUACAUCCUCAAUGCCACGAGUUUCUCCAUUUUCUUGCUAAUGUUCCUCGCAACUACCUUCUGUCUUCGGAUGAAAAGAUCGAAAUAGUGCACACUGCUUUAGUACAAGAAGGGGCAUCAGAUUUCAUAUCCCAUUUAACAGAUCACCAAAAAAUUAAUUUGCUUGUCAAUGUCUUGAUAGUGGAUAAUGACAAGUCCUCGACCUUUGAUUUAACAGCUUACGCUUCUAUUCUUACUAGUAUGAACUUCAGCAUUCAAGCGUACCCUGAUACAGAUGAAGACCAUCUUGUGAAAGAGGCGAGUGAAAGCUCUGAAAGGGUCAAGACGAUAGAAGUGAGCACGGAAGAUCUUAAAAUUAUUCAAACUUUAUAUUCACCGUCAUACAUGAAUCACGCUUUUCGGCAGCUUAUAAAUGGGACUUCCAAUUUGCCCCUGGCCGUGCAUUCUAUAUCUCUGCUUUUGUGGUUAGUGCCUGAAUAUUCGACACGUGUAUGUAUGAUGAUGUCUAUUACUUCGGGAUUACAGCAAUGGCUUUUUACCCAACUUUCGAGUCUACAAGCAUACGACCACAUUAAAUUUUGUGAAAAUGAUCGUUUGAGUACAUCCGAAAUCUUGGAAUUGGUUUUAACGCCAACCCAAGAAGUGUUUUGGGACUUGCUUUACAUUUAUGAACAGUUACUUUCAUAUUGGGUCAUUGUGGCCAAUGACUUCGAAAAUACUUCCCUGAACCCAUUCGACUUAGCCCAAAUAGUGGAUUUCUGUCAUUUCUUGAGACCUCUUUGCCUUACAUUGAUCUUUUGCUUAAAUGAGUCUACAGACAUUUCAUUGCAUGGUUUAACUCAGCUCAAGGAAUCAUCCCUUUCAUUGCUCAACCAACUUUAUAUAAAAAACUUGCGGCUGAACUAUCUUGGAAAGGAUUUUUGGAAACUUAAGCUGAUUCUGUUCGAAAUUAAUGCCAUGAUUCAAGUAAUCAUCGAAGAAGAAUCGCUGAAAAGAAACCAAGACUCCGAUUCAUCAGAAAACGAAAACUGGGAUCCUAUUGUUGGGUUUUCAAAGUAUAAGAAAUCUUCAAGACGACGUACCGCAGAAAUGACUUCAAAAUUGGAGAUCUUGAGCAGAGUACCUUUCUUUAUUGAUUUUUUUGAUCGUGUGAAAGUGUUUCAAAGUCUCCUCAAAGCAGACCAAAAUAGUAUAUUGUCUCGUUCCGAAACCGUCAUGUUUUAUGAAGGCAUCAAUGAUAAAUUGACUGCUGAUAUACACCGUGAAACUAUUAUGGAAGACGCAUAUGAACAAUUUCACAAGGUAGGGUCUAACUUCAAGAAUAAAAUACAAGUUACGUUCUACAACGAACAUGGUCCAGAAGCUGGAAUUGAUGGAGGUGGACUAACAAAAGAGUUGUUAACAAGUGUGGUCUCCGAGGGAUUUGACCCCAAGUUUGACCUUCAUUUGUUUAAGGAGACAGAAGCAAAUAAUGAGCUUUAUCCAAAUGAUGAUAUUUAUUUGAAGAUUGCAAAACGAAUUGAUCUUCCAAAACAACAGCAACGUCUUAACUAUGUCAAAUUUCUUGGAAUGAUUGUUGGGAAAUGCCUUUAUGAAAGUGUUUUGAUUGAUAUUGGGUUUGCACCGUUCUUUUUGGCCAAGUGGAAAGUGGCACAAUCGUCGCAGAAUUGCUCAAUCAAUGAUUUAUCAUACCUCGACAGACAACUUUACCUUAAUCUAAGCAAGCUUCUAACCAUGAGUGCAGAUGAUAUCAAUGCUUUGGAUCUUACUUUUGUUAUCGAUGAGAACGUGGACUCGAAAAUACUUCAGUAUGACUUAGCUCCUCCGUAUGGAGCAAUGACCUCAGUCAGCAAGUCUAAUAGACUUCAGUACAUUCACCUGGUGGCGAACUUCAAACUCAACAAAUCACUACAUGUACAGACAAAGUAUUUCUUAGAGGGACUUUUCGAGAUUAUUGACGCCGAAUGGCUUAACAUAUUCGAUCCUUUUGAACUUCAAAUGCUUAUCAGUGGUGGCAAUGACAUUGAUGUACAGGACUGGAAAGAAAAUGUCCACUACGGGGGCUACUUUGACGAUGAUCUUACAAUUGUACUCUUUUGGGAGGUGGUGGAGGAAAUGUCGCCUCAAGAGCGUUGCGACUUAAUCAAGUUCGUAACUUCUGUAUCACGCGCACCACUUCUUGGAUUCAAGGCUCUCACUCCUCAUUUUGGUAUCCACAAUAGCGGUUCUCCUGAUCGCUUACCAACUGCAUCCACGUGUGUUAAUUUGCUAAAGUUGCCCGAUUAUAAAGACAAAACAUUAAUCCGAGAAAAACUCUUGUAUGCUUCAAAAGCAAACUCUGGGUUCGACCUCUCAUGA